CCACGCGCGCGCUGAACGAGCGCGCGGCACGAGCUCACAGAUGGAGUCCGAACAGCUGUCCUCCGCUUCUCGCUGCUCUGUCCGUCUCGACGCCCCCUGUUGUUUGUCGCCGUACUUUUGGGGGAUGAGUUCUUUGGGGUCCCGGUCGCCGCGGCAUGUUUGAGGCGCGCAGAGCUUGACGAGGUCCCGGAGCCCCCCCCCCCGGAGAGAGAUGGGCAGCAAGGGGGCGUCCGCCACGCGCUCUCUCCUCGCCUGGACGCUCAUGCUGUUCUACGGGGUGGGACAGUGCAAGGAGGCGGACCAUGUUGGCAGGACGCGUCAAGCGCCGAUGUCUCCCUCGGACUUUCUGGACAAACUGAUGGGCAGGACGUCGGGAUACGACGCCAGGAUCAGACCGAACUUCAAAGGUCCUCCAGUCAAUGUUUCCUGUAACAUUUUCAUCAACAGCUUUGGGUCCAUUGCUGAAACCACCAUGGACUACCGCGUGAACAUCUUCCUCCGGCAGCAGUGGAACGACCCCCGACUCGCCUACGCUGAAUACCCAGAUGAUUCUCUGGACCUGGACCCCUCUAUGUUGGACUCCAUCUGGAAGCCAGACCUCUUCUUUGCCAACGAGAAAGGGGCCCACUUCCACGAAGUCACUACCGAUAACAAGCUGCUCAGGAUAUUUAAGAAUGGGAAUGUUUUGUACUCGAUAAGAUUAACAUUAACGCUCUCAUGUCCCAUGGAUCUUAAGAACUUCCCCAUGGAUGUUCAGACAUGUAUCAUGCAGUUGGAGAGCUUUGGCUACACCAUGAAUGACCUGAUCUUCGAGUGGCAGGAGAAUGGAUCCGUCCAAGUGGCCGAAGGCCUCACGUUGCCACAGUUUCUCCUCAAAGACGAGUCAGAUCUCAGAUACUGCACCAAGCACUACAACACAGGUAAAUUUACUUGUAUCGAAGUGCGGUUCCACCUGGAGCGUCAAAUGGGCUACUACCUGAUCCAGAUGUACAUCCCCUCUCUGCUCAUCGUCAUUCUCUCCUGGGUCUCCUUCUGGAUCAACAUGGACGCGGCUCCAGCCAGAGUGGCCCUGGGCAUCACCACUGUGCUCACAAUGACCACACAGAGUUCAGGCUCCCGCACUUCACUGCCUAAGGUCUCCUACGUCAAGGCCAUAGACAUCUGGAUGGCGGUGUGUCUUCUUUUCGUCUUCUCUGCGCUCUUGGAGUACGCCGCCGUCAACUUUGUGUCGAGGCAACACAAAGACCUGCUGCGCUUCAGACGGCCUCCCAAGAGCAAGAGCAAGAUCAGUGGAGGCGCUGUUGACCCAGAGGAGCUAGCUUAUUCCCUCCGUCGCGUCAGUGUUCACAACGGCCUCCAACCAGCAGGCCCUCUUUAUGGAUCUAUGACCAACGUCUUCACCAGCAGGGAAGGGGAAGUAGACGACAACCGGCGGACCUCCACCGCUGCUGUGACCUCCACUCCGAGGAGCAGCAAGGAGGCGAAGGGCCUCGCCAACAGUACCGUAACCGGACCCAACGCGCCGGGGGCCGCCGCAAACCCCGGCCAGAAGGCCGCAGGGGGAGGAGCUAAAAGCGUCGAAGAGAUGAGGAAGCUGUUCAUCGACAGGGCCAAAAAGAUCGACACGGUGUCGAGGGCCGGCUUCCCUCUGGCCUUUCUGUUCUUCAAUAUAUUCUACUGGGUUCUUUAUAAGAUACUGCGGCGGGAAGAUGUCCACAUGCGGUAGAGAAAGAGGGAAGACGUUAUUUAUACAUCUCCGUGCCACUAUUCAUACCAGGACACUUUCAUUUCCCUUCCCCCGCAUCCCGGGCCAGGAUUCUGUAGACAUAAAGCUCGUCAGCUCAUCCGCUCUCACCAAUAAUGAAGGAAACACAGGAAACGUAAAGCCAAUUUCGGAGUGCAGCCUGUGCAGCGGUGGAAUGACGAGACUAUUCAUAAAGAUGCUGACCGAUUGGCUCAAAAUAUGUUUAAAUACCGUCAUCAGUGGGAUGAGGAAAGCUACAAAUGAGAAGUCGUGGAAUUCAUUUGAAACACUUAAUAAUAAGUGCGCGUCAAUAUUUAAUUUAAAAUGAAUAAAACAUUGUUCACUAUAUUAAUACACAACAAAAUCUACAUGUUUUAUUUAUUAUUUCAUUUUCCUAUUUUAUAUACAACAAUUCCCUAUUUCAACUACGGAGCAAUUAUUUUGGAGUUGUCAAUAGUUAAUUAGGUUAUUAAUUAAGUGUAAAGUAAAUUAUUCAAAAAUGAUUUAUAUGUACAUUAAUGCAUGUAUUUUUACAUAUAAUGAUUUGAUUUGUAUAUGUUUGAUAACACACAUCUAAUUCCUGAUCAUUCAGGGAGUCACUGGUCAGUGGGUGUUUGGUGGAAAUCUGGACCCAGCUGAUAUAUAUAUAUAUAUAUAUAUAUAUAUAUAUAUAUAUAUAUAUAUAUAUAUAUAUAUAUGUAUAUAUAUAUUCUUUCACAGUCAAACGUGGCACUAAAACAAUCACCAACACCAACAGUUCAUUGUAGAGUGCUAAAAUAUACAUUUUAUAAAAUAAUGAUGCAAUCAAACCUCACAUUUAUUCAACCACGGAGUAGAUUUUAAAGGCCGCACAGUUCCUUGGUCAGGGAGCGCGAUGUGGGCUUGUGAGUCAGAAGAGUCCAAGAGAAACCCAGAGACGACAUGCUGACGGCUCACUGGUCACUCCUCUCUACCUGGUCACGGCAAAACCAGCUAGUCGACAUGAUGCCGUGACACGACAAUCCAACCCAAACCCAACGAGCCAGGAGAGGAACGAUGGGACAGCGAAGCCACCAACGCCGGCGCGUUGACCAUUCUGACCCCUCAUCGAGGACGUGUCAGAGGAAGAUUCCCCCGAGCUUUCACAGCAGGACUCUCUGGACUUUGUUUCAUCAGGACUUUGUUUCAUCAAUACAAACGCAAGGAUCACCUCACAUAUCUGCAGGCGUGUCGCACGCGGGUCACACUGGAUCCCCCAACUGCAUCAUAAUGUGACCACGGUGUGCGUUCAGAGACUCGUCCAUCUUCUCCUUUUGCCGCUCUGCCCUCGGUUUACACACCGACAGCUGAUGGGAUCAUUUCUUGGGCUGCUAGCUGCGCAGGACGUUCUGUGGACGCACAUAAUGGGAAGCGACUGUAAAUGAUUAAAUCUAAUUGAAUCUAAUUGACCUAUUUGAGGUAUUUUUGAAGUGAUACUUUCGCUCAGUGAAUUCCUUUGCACUAAAAUGCUUCAGAGUUGACGUCAAUGCAGAGAUUGGAACACGGAUUCUAAACAAAAGUGACUGACUUUGGUAUUGUAUUUUCAUGAAGCAUUUUUCUUCUGCAAAUAACACAUCUAAAAAAAAAAAAGGUUUGAAUCCUGAAGCUGAUGAAUUGCAUGAAGCCCUUUUCUGAAGCGCAAUAUUUGAUGUCACUGUUCUUUUUAAAUAGGAUUUAUUAACUAGUAUUAUUCAGGCACGAGUCACACUUCAGUAGUUCAAUGGUCUCCACGAGUAACUAAACUAAACUAACCGAAUACCAUUCAUGCACAAGUAGGCAGGCAAUAAGGAUAAUAACAUAAACAUUAUGUAAUAGGUGCUUGACAUUACACUUCUCUUUGCAAUUUCCAUAAAAAUACACAAAUAAUCUAUGUAACUUUUUGACAAUCAUUUUAGAGACACUAAAAAAUAAUAUAUAUAUAUAUAUAUUUUUUCCACUGAAGGUUUUCUCAGGGUUUAUAAUUACAGCAGAUUCACAUAACCUUGUAGCCAGUUAAGCAACUUUUAGUAAAACAGUGAAGUAAACAAGGCCUCAUCCAGCUGUUGAAAGGUUGAGACGGUGCAACGGGCGGCAGAUUAGUGGGAGCACUGAGUUCAUCGGGGUCAGCAGGGGCCAUUUCUUUUAACUAAAGAACUGUUUCUUUUUAAUAACAAUAAGUCUAAGCAUUGGGCCUCCCUGCAUCGGGGUACAACCUCCACACAAAGGACACAUCUGGAGGCUCGGAGCCACACAAGGGCAACACCCACACUAUGUGUUUUAAAACUACUACUCCGGAGUUGUAGAACCCAAAGAAGGAAGGCGUUUGAAAAUGCUACCGGGGCAAUGUUGGUUUAUCCAAGAGUAUUUAUAUAUUUAUAUCUAUAUAUAUAUAGAUAUUUAUAUACAUGUCUGACUGGUUAAGUGUUCAUCAGAAUAUGGCCUGAGCAAAUUCUUCCUGUGUCCGGUGGUUUAUUAAAUGUACAUUUUAUGUAUUAUUUGAUGAUUAGUAUUUUUUUGUUUAUGUCUCAAAUCAAUAAAUUUGUUUAAAUGAAUAUUUAUAGAACAUUGGGUAAAAUUUCUUUUUUAAGAGUUUUGAAUCUUGGGUUACAGGAAUCACGUAUUUGUAAACCUAAAGUCCCGAAAAUAAUUUCAAAUUAAACUUUGAAGUGGUCAUCACUCAC